AUGGUUGGUAACCAGCUUUCAAACGGGAAGAAAUAUCCGAGAAAAUUACAGUUAGUAGUAGAUAACGCGACAGAAUGCCGCCGUCCACAGCCUCCGUUCGCCAAAAGACGCAUCUGGUUCGCCACCUUCAGCAUUCGCAGACAGAGGAAUACUACCUAUCUUAGCGGACAUCACAAGAUCUUGGAAGACGUGCCUUUUGAAAAUUUCACUGUGGUUAAUAUUGAAUUAGAAGCCUCCGGAAAGGAAAGGAUUAUGGUCCAGUUAGAAAAGCAGAGUUGCCACACUUGGCCCGGUAGACUAUUUCUGGUCCUGGGAAACUUCCAGUAUAAUAAAGGAGACUGUCUAGUAAAAAAGGGGUUCAUCGGGUACGACAGGAUAGACCUGGACAAGAUAUUGCGACAGUACCCGGGCUGGUACAGAACCGGGAAGUUUCUGGAGCGACUGCACCUGGUCUACAAUGGGACUUCAGUUUUCUGCCUGGACCCGGGCAGCGCGGCCAUGCUGCCUCCGGAGCGGCUCGGCGGCGCAGCCAAGGUCCUGCGGUAG